UGUUGUUUUUCUCAGCCGAAGCAGACGCUUAUUGCGUCGGAAACCGAUUUCACUCCAGUUUCUAUAGUGAUCACGACGCGGUACUUUGCUAAAAGGCCUUAUGAUAUUUUCAUAGGUAUAGAAAACGUUUCCGUUUUUGUGUGAUGCGUCAAACUACGUUGAUAUAUUGUCUGCAGGUUAAGAGUUGCAGUGGAUGACAUCAGGUCAAGUCCUAGAAUAGAUUGUUGAAGGUCUUCUGGUUGUUGGAUGCCAAAUAUAAAGCUGGAAUAUUAAAUAUCCUUAACUCUUACAUCCAACGUUUUAAAUGUGAUUAGCAUUGCUUUGCAUGUCAUAUUUUUUAUUUUAUAUAGUGCUGUGGGUUUGAUUUACUAUCCAAGUUGUUCAAAAAACCUGUAGAGUCAAGAAUCCAAGUUUAACAUAUGCAUGAUUAAAAUGUUUUCCUGUUUAAACCUGUACAUUACAAGUAUCAAAUUAUAUAGCUCAUUUGCAAUGUAACAGGGGUUUUAAUACCUAUAACAAUAGGUUAACCCUAAAGUCUGGAGAAGGUUUUCACAUAAGAAAUGUGAGCGAGGUAUAAUUUAACUGCCUUAUUAGGGUGAAGCAGAUCAUGAAUGCAGAGGCCAAACCUGCUCAGCUCCACUGGGCCUAAGCUGUUGGAAUGCAGAGAGUAGUGGCAGCUGUGUAAUGAUGGGCAUUUUUCGCCAGGUGCAACAUUAUUCUGUAAGCCUCUUGUGAGGAUUUUGGACUAUGAAGGGUUUGUUAAGCACUCUUCUGUGUUUUCAUAUUUAUUAUUUAUUCAAACGAUUCAUUGGAUGCUAUAUUGAAGUUUUACAAAGAAAAGAAGAAAGUUUAAAAUAUAAACUUUCAUCAUGAUUGGUUAGGAAACUAUGGCAAAGUACUGUUAUGUCUUUUAAUUCACCUAUGUCCUGUCAGAACACCAAGUUCAGAUAUUUAAAUAUGAUUUAUUCAAAGUACAUUAAAUGAUCAACAAGUAACGGGACAAAAAUGGAGUUAAAUGAGUCUACUAAUUUAAAGGUCCAAUGUGUACGAUUUUGGAGGAUCUAUUGAUAGAAAUGCAAUAUAAUAUAUAUAAAUAUCUUCAGUCUUCAGAGGUGUAUGAAGCGUUAUGUUUUUAUUACCUUGGAAGGAGCUAUUUCUAUCUACAAAGUACAUAUACCGCAGGUCCCCUUACAUGAAAUUCGUCAUGUUGUUUCUACAGUAGCCCUGAAGGGACAAACUGCUCCACAGAACACGUUUCUUAACAGGUUAUUUCGUUUGGCAAAGAAGCGAAAACGUGACAACAUCUUUUUUCUGUGUCAACCACCAUAAUGCUUUAAAAGUGAGUGGUUGAAAUUCAAAACCUCUCUGCUAGAUGCGGCUAAAUUUCAUACACUGGACCUUUAAAUCUUUCCUUGUAAAGGCUAAUUCACACCAAAAACAAAACAAAGACAGCUACAAAGUUUGAAAAUCGUUCUAAGUUUAAAACAAAAACAGAAUCCACAACUAUACUUAUCCUCUAUAUAGAGCAACAAUGUUGAUGAGAUCACUUUCAGAGCAAUUUUCCAGCUCAUAAAUGAUAAAUCACUGAAAGCCAAUAGAAAGCACUUAAAUACAAAUGGCUCAUCCCCUUAAAAAUGAACUGUGCUAGUGUAAAAUAAACAAAUAUUAUCAUCCGUUGUGGAUCUCGAUAUAGUUAUCGUUCUUGGUGGGAACGGGCCUUUAGUAAGCCAAGUUAAUCUUCAAAAAAUAUUUUUACCACUGUCAAAUAUUUUUAUAAUUUUUUUUUAAGAACUCUCUAAUAGAUAUGUCAACAAAUGCUACAUAACAGAGUGUGGUUUCCUGUCCGUAUUCACGUCUCCUAACUAUAGAUCAUGACACCUUAUUGACAUGACUUGACAGGAAGUCAGGAGAUCAUAUUCUUUUCUUCACUCACAUGUUAGAGACUAUUGCUGGUCACUGUCAGUCUUUCUAUUCUGGGGCAGACUGGUAAACAGACUACCAGUAAGCAGGUUGGCAUUCAAGUUGCCUAAUACCCUGCAGGUAUGUGGAACAGAGGGGUUGCUUCAUAAACCAUGACCUAUUUAGAGCUGGAGGACGAAAUGUUUAUUAUUUAUCCCGUAACUGCUGUUUAGCUUGGAUAGAUGGUAAAGUUGUUACAGUAUGAAAUCUAACUUCAUUUUAAAAUGGCUGUCAGUUACAUUUUUGAUACAAGGCAACGUGAUGUACAGUAUAGCUAAAUUAGAAUUGUAAAAACUCAGUCCCUUGAGAAUCUAUUAUCUAUACAUGCACAAGGGAAUGCAUUAGCCAUCAGCCCUUCUGCUAUCCAUAAUGUAGGUCUGAAAACUGCAGAGAAUCGGUUUUCAGAACAGGUCUGAAACCCUUUGGGGCCCCAUUCUCUCUCUCUCUCGGUCUCUCUGUCUCGCUCUCUCCUCUCUUUUAUUCUUUUUGAUGAGCCAACCUUCAUAAAACUUUCAGCUGCCUGCUGCAUAGGUGGAUCUAUGCAUUGAAUGUCACCAGACUGUAGAUGUUGAUGCCUUCAAGGACAUUUUGUUUGACAGCCUGGUUUGUUACCUGAUACUAAACAGAUAAAAAUACAGUUUUAUUUUAAACAAACUCCAGUCUAUGUUGGCUCACCAAUAAUACUAUCAACCAAUAAAACCAUUUCUUUCUUUAUUGGUGAUACUAAAAACAUUGAAAAACAAAAUCUCAUCCAUGAUUACUGUUAAAUGCUGUUUUGAUGCAGUUCAAAACUCAAACCACAUUUUAUCUUUGAAUAAACUGGACUUUAAAUAUACUAUGGGGAAAGGGAUGUUUCUGUGAUCUGUCUGUAUGAUGCCCACCCCCAAGCCCGUGCAAAUGGACACUGCUGGUGUAUUUAUAGAGCGGACUCAGCCACGCGCACUCUUUAGAGACUAACCGUUCCUCACAUUCGUCAUAACCGUAUGAUAUUUCGUUCUAGAAGCUACGUCGUCCUUCUACCGUGCGUCUUUUCAUAAUUUUAAACACUUUUGAAAACGGAAGACAGAUGAACCCAGUUUUCUGAGUGAAAGAACGUCAAAAGAAACACACUAUACUUAAAGGAGCUGCUAUGGAGAAGCCUGUUUUACAAACGCAGUCCUCUAUGCUGCCUUUCUUUGACACGGCCCAUGCUGUCAACUUGCUCCGCGGUAUCCACGAGCUCCGCGCUGAGCGUAAGUUCUUCGACAUCACAUUGUGCGCUGAAGGAAAAGAGUUCCACUGCCAUAGAACUGUGCUGGCCGCUGCCAGCACCUACUUUCGCGCUAUGUUUGCAGGAACGCUACGAGAAAGCGCCAUGGACCGUGUGGUACUGCACGAGGUGUCAGCUGAACUGUUGGGACUUCUUGUGGACUUUUGUUACACAGGCCGCGUCACUGUCACUCAAGACAACGUGGACCUUCUUCUCAAGACGGCGGAUCUGUUUCAGUUCCCAUCUGUUAAAGAGGCGUGCUGCGCUUUCCUGGAGCAGAGACUCGAUGUUUCCAACUGCUUGGAGAUCCAGGACUUUGCGGAAGCUUAUGCCUGCCGUGGGCUUGCUACAAGCGCUCGCGGUUUCGUCCUGAAGAAUAUCGUGGAGCUGGCGAAGAGCAUGGACUUUGAAAGGUUGUCGUGGAAGCGACUAUUGGAGUUCGUAUCAGACGACGGACUCUGCGUGGAUAAGGAAGAAACUGGGUACCAGAUAGCCGUCCGCUGGGUCAAAGCCGACCUGAAGCACCGCUUGCAUUACUGGCCUGAGCUGCUGCAGCAGGUGCGACUCCCAUUUGUGCGACGUUUCUACCUUCUGGCCCAUGUGGAGAGCGAUCCGCUGGUCUACCUGUCACCGGCCUGCUUGAGGUUGGUCAGCGAAGCACGUAGCUUUCAGUCGUACGAAUAUGACCGCCAUGAUAGGCCCAGCCAUCGAACUCGCCCACGUCCCUCAACUGGCCUGGCGGAAAUUUUAGUGGUGGUGGGAGGAUGCGAUCAGGACUGUGACGAGCUUGUUACUGUGGACUGUUACAACCCUCAGACUGGACAGUGGAGAUACUUAGCAGAAUUCCCAGACCAUCUUGGAGGUGGCUACAGUAUAGUGGCCUUGGGCAACGACAUUUACGUAACAGGUGGCUCAGAUGGAUCACGUCUCUAUGAUUGUGUUUGGCGAUACAACUCCAGCGUGAAUGAGUGGACAGAGGUCUCCCCCAUGUUGAAAGCCCGGGAAUACCAUAGCUCUUGUGUCCUAAAGGGUCAGCUGUAUGUGGUUGCCACAGACAGCACAGAACGCUAUGACCACACUCUUGACUGCUGGGAGGGUCUUCCACCCAUGCUGCACCCUAUGGAUAACUGUUCUACCACGUCGUGCAGAGGACGGCUUUACGCCAUCGGCUCAUUAACCGGAGAGGACACAAUGGCCAUUCAGUGCUAUGAUGCUGAAAGUAACCGAUGGUCACUGGUCAAUAGUGGAGAGUUGCCUCCGUGGUCAUUUGCCCCCAAAACGGUGACUUUAAACGGCUUGAUCUACUUCAUAAGGGAUGAUUCGACUGAGGUUGACAUCUACAACCCACAGAACAAUGAAUGGGACAAGAUUAAUCCCAUGACGCAAGUUCAUGUCGGAGGCAGCGUGGCAGCUCUCGGCGGUCGACUCUACGUGUCCGGCGGCUAUGACAGCACCUUCGAGCUCUCCGAUGUGGUUGAGGUCUACGAUCCCAGUUCUCGAUCUUGGACACCCGCCGGCCACCUUCCCCAGCCUACUUUCUGGCAGGGAAGUGUUAGCAUUUUUCGACAGUUUAUGCCCCUUGUCCCAAGUACCUUCGAACCUAUUGACAUGCCUGAAGCCAAUGCCAUAAACCUCCACAGACACCACCGCAUCAACCAAAACAACAAUGUCAAUCAGAACCUCAACCAAGACAUCAAUCCAGUCCACUGAGAGCUUUUCAGAUCGUGGCAAUAAAGGUUUCUCAAACGUUGCAGAGGGCUAUAACGUGACAUCGCCACUAGGUGUUUUUUGCACUUUAUGACUUUGAUAUUUAUAUUCACCUCAUGUGGGCAGUAAAUGAAAGUGGUGAAUAGACAAUCAAUGUUUGGAUUACUUUACCCAGUAAUCUAAUAUUACUACAGCUUUAAAUGUUGCAUGCAACUCUAAUGCUGGCUGUGUUUACCUUGAAGAGAGACUUAAUUGAAGUAUAAUGGUGCCUGUAUUUGGCAAAUAUUAAGCAAUCCAUAUCUUGGAAAGUGUAUGGGGAGUUCCACUCAUAUCAUUUCUUUAUUAUUUGACCAUAUUAUUCAGCAUGGGCAUUUGUGUUUUUCAAGUUAAAAUAAGUACACAUCCCUAACAAUAAUAGCAAAGUAAAUUAAACUUGCUCAUAUCGACAAAUAUCAUGCCUAAGCAUUCCAAAAAGUUAAUGUGAAAAACAGAUUCAUUUUUAUAUAAACAGAGAAGAUUCUGUAAUGAAAUGAAAAUUUGGGAGAGUCACAAACUGUCCAAAAACUGCAUGACGGUUGACAGACAAACAUAGAGAAAUGAACAACUGGGCUCCAGCAUAAUAUGAUACAGUGUGUGUACUAUAUUAUGUUUAUGUGUCCGAUAAUCUAGAAUGCAUGACGUGGUCAUUUUUUUGUGAUUUUGUGUCAUACCCUCUCUUAUGCUCUUGUGUUUUGAUAGUAAAUUAAGUUUAUUACUCUAGUCUUUGUUUAUUUAAGGGAAGGUAUGAUACCAUUUGUAAGGAACACCUUGUGUUGAUUAAGCUGUUUGAAAUAAUGAAGACAACAUGAAGAAUAGCUGAAGGUAUUUUAUGUCAAAAAAUUCUAUUAGGAUGCUGCACUAAUAACUGGAAAUAGUAAUUCAGUAUCUUUAUUCUUGAGUAAACGUGUGUAUUUUAUAAUAUCACUACCUAUGAAACGGAUUAACACUUUAAAGCGGUACGUAACAUUUAUUUUAUUUUUCUUACAGAGUGUUUCGAUGGUUUUGUUGCCAAAUCAUUUGUACAACACUGACUUGGCAUUUUGAUUUGUGUAAUAAAGUUUGUACGUGUGAUUAACAAAUACA